CUCCGCGCCUCUGGCGGAGGCCGGCGCGGGGCGAGCUCCUCCCCGAGCAGCUUUGGGCGCGGCCCCUCCCAGCGCGCCGACCGGGGCUUAGGUGGGGUCUCGGCUCCUGCGUCCCGUGCACCACCAGGCCGGCUGCCGUCGCGCGGAUCCCCGUGACUUUCCUCGGCUGGGCCGCCCGCGCACCCAGGACCAUGUUGCGCUGGCUGCGGGGCUUCGUGCUGCCCGCGGCGGCCUGCCAGGACGCGGAGAGGCCGACGCGCUACGAGACCCUCUUCCAGCAGCUGGAUCGCAACCGGGACGGCGUGGUGGACAUCGGCGAGCUGCAUGAGGGGCUUAGGAACCUGGGCAUCCCCCUGGGCCAGGACGCCGAGGAGAAAAUUUUCACUACUGGUGAUAUUAACAAAGAUGGGAAGCUGGAUUUUGAAGAAUUUAUGAAGUACCUUAAAGACCAUGAGAAAAAAAUGAAAUUGGCAUUUAAGAGUUUGGACAAAAAUAAUGACGGAAAAAUUGAGGCUUCCGAAAUUGUCCAGUCUCUCCAGAUGCUAGGUUUAACUAUUUCUGAACAACAAGCAGAGUUGAUUCUUCGAAGCAUCGAUGCUGAUGGGACUAUGACAGUGGACUGGAAUGAAUGGAGAGACUACUUCUUAUUCAACCCUGUUACAGACAUUGAGGGAAUUAUCCGUUUCUGGAAACAUUCUACUGGUAUUGACAUAGGAGAUAGUUUAGCUAUUCCGGAUGAAUUCACGGAAGACGAAAAAAAGUCCGGACAGUGGUGGAGGCAGCUUCUGGCAGGAGGCGUAGCUGGGGCCGUCUCUCGAACAAGCACUGCCCCAUUGGAUCGUCUGAAAGUCAUGAUGCAGGUCCACGGUUCAAAAUCAGACAAAAUGAACAUAUACGGCGGCUUCCGACAGAUGGUGAAAGAAGGCGGUAUUCGCUCCCUUUGGAGAGGAAAUGGUACAAAUGUCAUUAAAAUUGCGCCUGAGACAGCUGUCAAGUUCUGGGCAUAUGAGCAGUACAAGAAGUUGCUUACUGAGGAAGGACAAAAAAUAGGAACCUUUGAGAGAUUUAUUUCUGGUUCCAUGGCUGGAGCAACUGCACAGACUUUUAUUUACCCUAUGGAGGUUUUGAAAACCAGGCUGGCUGUAGGCAAAACCGGCCAGUACUCUGGACUCUUUGAUUGUGCCAAGAAGAUUGUGAAACAUGAAGGCAUGGGAGCUUUUUACAAAGGUUAUGUUCCCAAUUUAUUAGGCAUCAUACCUUAUGCAGGUAUAGAUCUCGCUGUGUAUGAGCUCUUGAAGUCCUACUGGCUGGAUAAUUUUGCCAAAGACUCUGUAAACCCCGGAGUCAUGGUGUUGCUGGGAUGUGGCGCCUUAUCCAGCACCUGUGGGCAGCUGGCCAGCUACCCCUUGGCUUUGGUGAGAACGCGCAUGCAGGCGCAAGCCAUGGUAGAAGGCACCCCACAGCUGAACAUGGUGGGCCUCUUUCGACGAAUAAUUUCCAAAGAAGGAAUCCCAGGACUUUAUAGAGGCAUCACCCCAAACUUCAUGAAGGUGCUGCCUGCUGUCGGCAUCAGUUACGUGGUUUAUGAAAAUAUGAAACAAACUUUAGGAGUAACCCAGAAAUGACAUGUUGAAUUUUUUACCUUAGCAUGAUUAUUGAAAAUUUUUAAUAAUCUCCAGAGUGAUUUUUUUCUCCUAGAAUUGCAAGUUCAUGGCAAAAGAAGCCAUAUUUUUUUUCACAAAAGGGACGAGUAUAUCAGUGAUCACUUUAAACAUUUGAGCUCAAUUUUAUAUAUACAGAAAUGCUCAACAUCAUAGUUUUGAUAAGCUCAUACAAUUUUGAAAAGGCCACAUAAUUGUAUUUUGUCUUUUGCUUUUGUCUUUUUUUUUUCUUUUCCAUUUCCUUGAAAUAUUUACAGCAGUGAGAGAGGAGGAGGAGAACGGAAGGGGAAGAGAGCCCCCUAGGGGAAGAUGCAAGCCCAGGACCCACUCCCCAGGAAGAUCCAGACCCAAAAUCUGCUCCCCAGAUAGCAGAGGCCACAGAACUGGGAACUGCCCAAAUAUGGCCACCCCUGUGGGCUGGGGGCCCUGCGGGGAGUUGUGCUUCAUCAGGGGGUCUUUGGGUACACCUGAAGAGGGCUGAGGGGGCAGGCUUGCAGGGAGGAAGGGGUGAAGAGCAGAGGGAAAGCGCUCCAGAGAAAAUGCUGCCUUUAAAUCACCAGCCACAAACGCACAUUCCACUCGCCCUGGGGCUUUCUCCUGGGCCAGAGGCCCAGUCUCCAGGGAGCAGGGAGCUGCAGUGCCGGAGGAACCUGUCCGUCUGUCUGUUGUUCUGCUCCUGGUGUAGCCAGUAUUUCUGGUACAGAAAGAGGCGAAGCUGACAAGUUCCAGCAUUUUGUCUUUUCUUAUUAGUCCUUUCUGCAAACCUGUGCCUUGAAUCCUAAAUCUGAAACGUGCUUGCUUGAACUAAGUUUGUUUUGUGUUGUAGAAUCAGAAAUCAUCUCUAUUUUGGAUGGCUCAAGUUUAUGCCAGUUCCUUUAUACUUGUCUUUUUCUUGAAAACAAGAUGAUCAGAAAACCUUGAAACUUAACUUGUUUUGUAUAUUUUGAAUGUCCUUGUAGAAUUCUUAAAAUGCCCUUAUAGAGACAUUAAUAGAAAAUCAUUGCAUGAAAACAUACUUACAGCAGCCAAAUAAGUAUAGGGUUUAUACCCUUAUCUUUCUUUAAGCUGAAUAAGAAUGAACAUAAGUGGCAGAAUUUCAAGGCGUGUGAAUACCCUAGUCUAUUCACAUCACUUUUGUAGAAGGAGGAGUGAUGAAAUAAUGCUUAUUUCAUGGGCCUUUUAACAUUUUUCUUGCAUUGUUAUUUCGUUCCUGAGAUGACACACUGACUGUCAGUGUAUUACUUUACAAUGUCAACACGAGGCGAUUUAUUUGAAAGAUUCUGUUGAUUCUGUCAUUGCUUUGAAAACCUUUUUACUUAUAUGCGCUUUUGAAGAGCAUCUCUCUUUUCUUUGUCCUUUGUUUCCUACUUGAUUCAGAUUUUGUUUUAAUCAGGAAGGCUUCUGGGGACCAUUCUUGGUAAUCUGAAAUUUGUCUGUUACAUGAAUUGGGUUGCUCAUGGGCGAUUGACAUUCUCAUUUUUUCCCCUCACUGCUGAAUUUCUUUGAACCCGCAAUUCUCAAUUUGGGCAGCACAAACCUUAGUACAUAGUAAUAGUAGCGUAUCUUAAUCUUAUAUAUUAGGUACCAAUAUUUAAAUGAAAGGCCCAAUUUAUAAACAUACACAUUCAUAUUGUACCUUGCCCCAAGUUUUAGGAAUAUGUUAUGUAUGAUAUACAAAACUUAAUUUAUGAGAUCAGUAACAUGUUUUUAUUUUACUAAAGUCAUUUUUGUAGUCAACUAUCUUUUCUGAUUUAUGUGAUUAGACUUAGAAAAGUAUUUAUUGAGGUUAUUCUUACU